UUCUCUUCUGGCUUUUGUUGCAAUGGCAUCAAACACACUCUCCUCUCCCAACUCCAGGUGGACAACCAAGCAGAACAAACUGUUUGAAAAUGCCUUGGCGAUAUACGAUGAAGAAACCACAGAUCGUUGGUACAAGAUAGCCAUGUUUGUUGGAGGAACAAAUGAAGUGGAAGUCAAGAGACGAUAUGAGAUGCUACUAGAGGACAUCAAAGACAUUGAGUCAGGCAAGGUUCCACUCCCUGCUUACAAGAGGAAUGCUGGAUGUAGCAAAGUAAACAUCAGCAAUGCAGAGCAGAGGCUGAGGAAUUUGAAACUGAAUUGAAGCCUUAUAAGUGAAGAGUUGCACAAUGUCUCAAUAAGUCGGUCCUAAAAUUAUGAGCUUUGGC